AUGACUUUUAGUUCCCGCUAUCCUUUCAAUCUCAAUCCUCGCACUGGCAUACAGAUUCCGCGAGAUCUUGAACCGUAUCAAGGCGAUUGGCGGGCGGAGAUUUCGUCAGGAGCUGACAGAACUACAAUUUUCCGCUGGCCACCGCCACAGACCACAAAGAGCUACGUGAAGCUGCAGGCAGCCACUCCUGCGAUGACCGCCAUGACAGCGUGCCUGAGGGCUAAGACCGCCUUCAUUGGAAAUGACGAGACAUUUCUCUUAUCUUACGCCGCGACUUCAACGGACAACUCUUUCCUCUUUGGUUACACGAGAAGUGGAGUCAUCUCCUCCUUAGUAUCAAACUCAAAAAAAGUAACACCCGUGUUUGGAAUGAUCUAUGAUGGGGCCUGGCACCACUGGUGCUUCUCUUGGAACAGUCGUGGUGGGAAGUGGACGGUUUACAAAGACGGCAUGCCUGCAGCCGCGGGAACUGGCUUCCAGACAGGCAACAUCAUACCAGCAGAUGGAGUUUGGAUUAUUGGACAAGAUCAAGAUACGGUAGGCGGCGGAUUUGACGCUACACAAGCCUAUGUUGGUGACGUCACGAGCAUCAACGUUUGGAACACCGACAAUGUUGACGUGGCAGCAGUGGCAAACUGUGGCGAUAAUUUUGGAGGAAACGUCAUUUCUUGGUAUGACGUCAGCAAAGAAAUUCACGAAGUGUCUUCGUACCGAGAAGAUCUUUGCCAUCUCAAAUAA